UAGCCUGUUAGCUGAUCAGGAACGUUAAGGUAGCUAACGUUACAUUCAAAAGAACAAGGCAGUGGUUUCAUUCAUAGACGUUGUCGUCUGACAGAUGUGUAAAAACGACGUGUCGUUUUACGCGCAUCACGUCUAAUUUUCUGUAAAUACAGCUACAGGUUUCAGGAAAGUUUGAACGACUUUGAAGCGGUCUUGAAGUUUCUUGGUGGAGAAGAAAAUUUGAUAUGGCGACUGCAACUCCUAGCCGCGCUGAAGCUAGCCGGGGUGCCGCAACCCCGCUGUCCCCGACGCGGAUUUCGCGCUUGCAAGAGAAAAAAGAGUUGUCACAAUUGAAUGAUAGACUCGCCGUUUACAUUGACCGUGUUCGGUCAUUGGAAUUGGAAAAUGAUCGUCUUAUGGUGAAAGUGUCCGAGAAGGAGGAGGUUACUACACGAGAGGUUACAGGGAUUAAGGCUCUGUAUGAGGCGGAGCUUGCGGAUGCCAGGCGUGUGCUCGAUGAGACUGCACGGGAGAGGGCCAGACUACAGAUUGACCUCGGGAAGGCCACAGCAGAGCUUGAUGAGGUCAACAGGAACUACAAGAAGAGGGAUGGAGACCUUAUUCUGGCCCAGGCCAGGAUUAAGGAACUGGAGGGACAGUUCAACCAGAGUGAGGCCGCCCUCAACACUGCACUGAGUGAGAACGGUGCCCUCUCUGCAGAGCUUGCGGAUUUGAAAGCACGGCUGGCCAAGGCUGAGGAUGCUCAUUCAGUCGCUAAGAAGCAACUGGAGGGUGAGACUCUGAUGCGCGUUGACCUGGAGAAUCGCUGUCAGAGCCUCGCAGAGGAUUUGCAGUUCAGGAAAAGCAUGUUUGAGGAGGAGGUGCGAGAGACCAGGCGUCGUCGUGAGAAGCGCACGGUGGAAGUGGACAGCGGAGCCCAGCCAGACUACGAGUCCAAACUGGCCCACGCUCUCCAGGACCUGCGCAGGCAGCAUGAGGAGCAGAUGCAGAUCUACAAAGAGGAACUUGAAAUCACUUUCCAGUCCAAGCUGGAUAAUGCUAAAGUAUCAUCUGAUAUGAAUGACAAGUCCCUGAGUGCAGCCAGAGAAGAGGCCCAGGAGUCUCGUAUGCGGAUUGAGAGCUUGUCCUACCAACUAUCUGCCUUGCAGAAACAGGCAGCAGCAGCAGAGGACCGUGUCCGUGAGCUGGAGGACCUGCUGGCUAGUGACCGAGACAAGCACCGUCGGCAGUUGGACGCCAAGGAGCGCGAGAUGGCAGAGAUGCGAGACUGCAUGCAGCAGCAGCUCAAUGAGUACCAGGAGCUGUUGGACGUCAAGCUGGCUCUGGACAUGGAGAUCCAUGCCUACCGCAAGCUUCUGGAAGGCGAGGAGGACAGACUGAAGCUGUCCCCCAGUUCCAAGGUCAUUGUCUCCCGUGCAACCGGCAGCAGCAGCUCCUCUCGCUCCUCACGAGUGAAGAGGAAGCGUGUGGAGCUGGAGGAGUCGGUAAUGGUCAGUGCCCCCAAAAUUCACAUCAACCAGGAGGCAGAGGCCAGCGGCAGCAUCACAAUUGAGGAAAUCGACAUGGAGGGGAAAUCAGUCACCCUCAAAAAUAACUCUGAUGAGGAUCAGUCCCUUGGUAGCUGGAGGCUGAAGAGACAAAUUGGUGAUGAGGAGGAGAUUACCUACAAGUUUAGCCCCAAGUAUGUCCUCAAGGCCGGCCAAACUGUGACGGUUUGGAGCAGCGACGCAGGGGUGGCACACGGCCCGCCCAGCAACCUACUGUGGAAGAGUCAGAGUUGGGGCACCGGAGAUGAAAUUCUCACCACUCUAGUCAAUUCAGAUGAAGAGGAGGUUGCUAAGAGGACGGUCACAAAAAUCACAGAGGAGGUGGAGAAUGGAGAUGAUGAAAAUGGAGACUAUGAUGAAGAAGAUGUUUUGUACCAGCAGGGAGAUCCAAAGAGGGGGUCCAGGGAAUGUGCAGUCAUGUGAAGAGCAUGGAGACCUCAGCCCAGUUUUUCUCUUACAAUUCUUUUAUUCUGUAGAGCCACUAUUUUUGUAUACUUCAGUCCUAGGAUCUUGAUUAAUCCCAAAUACCCAUUUGACUUGAUUAGUUUUUUUUUUUUUGUAAACGGACCUCAUUUCCAGGUUAUCUUGAACAAUUGCAGCCAUUAUAUCCAAAUGAGUGAAAAUGGGGAUGCCUUCCAUAUAUGUCUCAGUACUUUUUGACGCAGAAAUUCAUGUUUAAGAAUGAAUUCUAGGAAUCACACUUCUCUACCGUCAAAGGGCCUUGCAUUAGUGUGCAUCACUGCUGAGAUAUUGCCUCACAUCUCCAAGUCCUUAAAAGCUCAGAAUUGUUUUCCCUCCCAAUUUGUUGUGAAUAAUGGCCAGUUGAUUCUCUAAUGAAGAAUCUUCAGUUUCAAUCAUUACAACAACAAAAAAAUAGUAAAAAAAAAAGCUCAGAACCUCAAUGAGCACCAUUGUGUAACUUGCUGAAAUUGUUUAUUAUAAUCAAUGGUUAUGCAAAUCGUGACAACAUAGAGGUAUUUUGUGAAGUCUUUUAUAUGGCUUGGAGAGGAACUCAACCUCUUUAUCAUGUAUUGUACAGUAGAGUGUAACUGACAGCUGAUGCAUUGAGGCUUUUUCUUUUAUAUAUAUAUAGUGGCUUUGCUGAUCAGAUGAACGGGGUGGAAAUUUAAUGAAAUUGGUACUCUAAAAUGGAUCCAUUGGUCAAACAUUUCUUAAGAUAUUAAGAUGCAAAUUAUUUGUAUGCUAUGCCCUGGAGUCUAUACCAUAGGUAUAGCAGUUCUGUACCCUGUCUAACACAAGUUAAUUGCUGGUCAAUGGUAAUUUAGUCUGCCGUUUCAUGCUAAAUUAACAUUGCAGCGGUUUUGUUGCACCAAAGAAAAGUUGGUUAAGGAAUCUGAUUGUAUUUGCAAUGCUGAUCUUAUAUGUAUGUUCAGAGAUAUUGAGACAGCGUUGAGUAUUUGCCUUAUAAACGGAAAUGAUCAUUGUCUGCAAAUAGUGUAAGGGUAACAGGUGUACAGUUUCAGGGUUAACUUUGGCUUUCCUGAAAAGAAAUGGCUCUGCUUCUCAAGCCAGAGGUUAGUUUCCACCCAGUUGGCAUCUGAUGCAGUUAUAUUAUCAAUUAUAAUAACUAAUCAUGUGUAUGCUAAAAUGCGAAUAUUGUUUCUCAGAUAAGUAUGCACAAUCUAUAUCACGGUAAUAUUUUGAAAAAAAUAUUGAAAUCUGCAAGCACAAUGCCACUCACUCCCUAUGCCUUCAUUGAGCACCUGUAUUUUUUGUACUUGCUUCUGAUAGAUCUGAGAAAUGUAGUUGUUUUGAAAUGAUAAUGGGAACGGAAAUGAAAAAAGUUACACUCAUUAGGAAAAUUGGCUUGUAGCUAUUUAUACUGUGUUGCUGCUAAAUUGGGUACAAUAUUGAAAAGAAACAAGUACAGUAUAGCUGUUCAGAAGCUACGUUUGGAGUCUGUGACAUUUGUUUUUGGAAACAGCUGGUGAAACUCGUAUUUGAUGACAUGAUGUAUUUGCCAUGUUUUCCCCCCUCAGUCAUUGAGGUCUGAGAAACAAACUUUUAAACGCUUAUGAUUGCAGUGCUUUGCUAUGUUUUCUAUUUGGAUAUUUUAAUCAUUGUUUACACGUCUAUCCUUUAAAAAAAAAAAAAAAGUUCUCUAAUGAUGGUAAAGUUACUUAAAAAUAAUUGAAUUGUUGUAAGCGGGCAGGCCUUUUAAUGCAAGGCGUAUUUUGCAAUUGGAAUCUGUUACCAGUAUGUAUUUGUUCCUUCAGUGUGUCACACUUGUUGGUUGAAUUGUUUCUAGAAAGUGAUCCUGGACCAACUGCAGUUAUGAUUUAGGUAUCAAGUCUACAUACACUGUCCUCAGCUGUUCUUCAGGUUUUUAAUAAUGUGACUGACCAAUGUGACUCAGAAAGCUUACAAAUGAAUACUUUUAAUGAGGAAAAAUGUUUUAAGCAGAGCAUAUUUUAAGAAGUAUUUUCUUAACUACCCUAUGUGGUGAGCCAUGCACUCUUGAAGUGCAGUAAUGUGAUUUUGUGGCUGUGUAGUUUUGAGCCGUAUUUAAAUUUAUACAGAUUGAUAUAUUGCGUAGAUGCAAACGGGGCUUUAUCAUCGUAAGAGAACUUGUAUGGGUAAAUUUUUGGGAGGCCGCAUGCCAAAAGUUUGUUUCUUGAAUUGUUACUUUAAUUUGAAGUUUUUGUAUUUUCAAUACAAUAAAUGUUUUCCAUAA